ACAAACAUAUACAUACAAAUAUGGCUCUUCAUCUCUCUUGGGUCUUCGUUUUUGGCAUUCUCGGCAACGUUGUUUCGUUUCUGGUUUCCCUUGCUCCACUGCCAACAUUUUACCAAAUAUACAAGAAGAAAACAUCGGAAGGCUUCCAAUCAAUCCCUUACGUGAUUUCGCUCUUCAGUGCCAUGCUUUGGAUUUACUAUGCACUCCUUAAGAAGGAUGCUAUGCUUCUCAUCACCAUCAACACUUUCUGCGUUUUCAUUCAGACUUUUUAUCUCGUUGCUUACUUUUACUACAGUCCUAAGAAGGAAAAGGCGGAGGCAGUGAAACUUACCCUCUUAUUCAAUGUUUUCGGGUUCGGAGUAAUCUUUUUCUCAACAUUCUUCCUGCCAAACUCUUUGACCCGUCUUCAAAUUCUGGGAUACAUUUGCAUGACAUUCUCUUUGUGUGUGUUCGUUGCACCCCUUGGCAUUGUGAGAAAAGUGAUAAAAACCAAGAGUGUGGAGUAUAUGCCAUUUACUUUAUCAGUUUUCCUCACCUUGGGAGCAGUGAUGUGGUUCUUCUAUGGGCUUUUAUUGAAGGACAUGAACAUUGCCGUUCCGAAUGUACUUGGGUUUAUAUUUGGAAUUCUUCAAAUGAUUCUUUACGCUCUUUACAAGAACCACCCCAAGAAAAUUGUUGAAGAUCCGAAGCUUCAAUUAUCGACUCAGCACAUCGUUGUCGACAUCGUAAAACUCGGAUCCACCGUGUGCUUGGAAGUGAACGCGAACGUAACAAAUAUUAACAAUGACAAUGACAACAACGAUGACGGGAUCGAUGAAGCUCAAAAUACUAAGACCAACACCAUAGAUGCUUCAAACAAAGUUUGACAGUAAAAUAAUCUA